GACUCCUGGGGUCCGUUCUUCGUACCUCGCUUAUUACAUCCGAGAUCAAAUAACACAUCCAAGAUGACAUCAUCGUGCUAAUCAUGAUCUGGCUAAUUAGGUUCUUCGAACACACCUGUUGUUUAUGAUUAGUAUCGCUGGAUUGAGUUGUCUGGGAUAAUUUCGCGUUCAUGCGUUGGUUUAAAAGGGGAUAUGUUUGGAUAGUAGAAACCUUGAUCAGCAACGCUGCUAUUGGCUGCUCAUCAUGGCCAAAGAGCACGCCCAGUUUAUCUCCGUAACAAAGCAAGAGCUAUUGCUCGAAGGUUAUGCGGAAUUUGAAGGUUUAAUUAAAACGCCAGGGAACACCUCAAAGUCAGCAAAAGCCAGGAGAGAGGGCUGGCAAAAAGUAGCAGACAAAUUAAAUGCGUUAGUGGUGACCAUGUUAUGUUUUUAUCACUUAUUACAGUAUAUAUUUUUGUAUUUUAAUAAUUUCAUAAUUACUUUGUUUAUCAUCUUUAAUGUCAGAGCCACCAUGGGACCCACUAGAACAUGGGAACUAGUAAAAGUGAAAUACAAGAAUAUUCUACAAAAUGGUAAUCUUUACUACUUAUACUUUUCUUAGUCUUUUAGCAACCAAGAAAAAGGCUGAAAAAACAAAACAAAACAAAAAACAGGUGGUGGUCCUGCACCCCCACGUUAUACCCCGGCAGAAGAGCUGGCCCUUGGGUUGAAUGUGAACCGACCCAUUGUGGAGGGCAUCCCUGGGGGCAGCUCUUCUUUAGACCCACAACCAGGGACCAGUAGCAGCAACACCUUCAUUACUGUUUUACAUAGUACACCAACACUUUUACCUGUUCCCAAGCAAGUGCUGGCUGAAGCAUGUGCAGACAGUGAAGAAACCCUCUCAGAUGACUGUCCUUUGGAGGAAGUACCUGUAAGUGCAUAAAUAACUUGACUUCAUUUAUAUAUACUCAUGUACCUAUUAUUUCUGACUGCAGUAUGAGUUACAGGAGUCCACAUCCACAGAAAGGCCCACAGAAGAGUCUGCACAGAGAAUUGAUACAGAGGCUUCUCUCCCCCAGCCGAGGUGAUGAGGAUGUGGUUGCAAGUGGCUCAGCCAGACAGCCGGUGUUGGCACUGAUAGUAACAGCAAUAUUGGCAGUGUAUGGUUUAGUAAAUGCUGCACAGCCUCCGCAGGUAAUAGAGGUGGAGAUCCCACUGGAGAAGCUCCCAGAGUCUUUGAGUGGACUCAAGUUGGUGCUUCUGUCUGACAUACAUCUGGGACCCACAAUAGGCCGCUCCAAACUGCAGCGCAUUGUUACUAUGGUGAAUGAGCUGGACCCAGAUGUGGUGGUGAUUGUCGGUGAUUUGACCGACUCUCAGGUGACUCGGUUGAGGAGUGCUGCAGAACCACUGGGACAGAUGAAGGCUCGACUGGGCGCCUAUUUCGCUACAGGCAAUCAUGACUACUACACUGCUGAUGUUGAAAACUGGUUUGAACUACUGCGCUCAAUGGGAAUUGAGCCACUUCACAACAGCCACGCGAAAGUGUUCAGCCCUGAACAGACUCAAGACUGGAUUUGCCUUGCAGGCAUUGAUGACUUAGAGGCUCGCUUGCUACGAUACCCCGGCCAUGGCAUGGAUGUUGAGAAAGCUCUUAGUGGUUGCAGUGCUCAGAGGCCCAUUAUUCUUCUAGCACAUCAACCUCAUGCUGCCAAACAGGCCCUCCAGCAAAGGCCAGACAUCAACCUGGUUCUCUCAGGUCAUACACAUGCUGGUCAGCUGUUCCCCCUCACCAUCCUGGCAUUCCUGGCAAAUCCAUUUUUCUGUGGACUCUACCGUGUCUCUGAACACACUAUGGUCUAUGUUACCCCUGGAACUGGUUAUUAUGGCAUCCCAAUGAGAAUUGCAAGCCGUUCAGAAAUCACUAAAAUUAUACUGUCGCGUGCCUGAGUCAACAGUGCAGGGAUCAAACACACAUUUUUCCCCAUAUUACCUUAUUACCCUGAUUGGUGUGUCACACAGUGAGUUACAUUGUAAUUAUUUUGUAAUGUAUGCAUAAUUAUUUUUUCUCUUAUCAAAUCUCUAUUAGGCAUACAAUCUUUUCAAAAUUGAAAGUGUUUGCACUAUGAAUUGCUAUAAUACUGUAUAUGCACAAUCUUGUCCAAGCCAGUUUUGCUAUGCACAGAAUGGGUCAGUGUAGUAUCUUGAUCAGAGACACAUUCAGAAGUUCUAAUUGUCUGUAAGCUAAUAGUUUAUUUUUAAUCAGUGUGGUAACGAACUGAAAUUUGCUUGGCAAAACAUUUUUGCAAUCCAAGCAGAAUUGGGGGUAAUCGUGUUCGAACUCAUGUCCGAAUCUCGAGUCCAGUUUUAAUGGACUUGGACUUGUCAUGGACUCUGAUGCAUUUUUACUUGGACUUGACUCGGAUUUGACCCUUUAGGACACAGGAUUUUUUUUUUCAAACAAACAAGCAAACAAAUAACGUAACACAGGGUGACCAUACAUCCUCUUUUCCCCAGACACGUUCUCUUUUUCAGACCUGAAAAAAGCAUCCGGUCUGGAUUUCAAAAUUGCCUCUAAAUGUCUGGGAUUGGCUUUGUCAUCAUAAUGAUGUGCUCUCUACAGUUAGUACCAUCAUACAUUCUGUGUAUUUGAUAUACUGUGCAUCAUUUUUUUACGCGUAUACACUACCGUUCAAAGGUUUGGGGGUCACUUGCCUGAAAUGUUUCUCAUGAUCUUAAAACUCUUUUGAUCUGAAGGCGUAUGCUUAAAUGUUUGAAAUGAGUUUUGUAGACAAAAAUAUAAUUGUGCCACCAUAUUAAUUUAUUUCAUUAUAAAACUAAAAUUGUAUUUAAAAACAAAAAAAGUUUUUGAAAUUGAUACCCAAUAUAGAUGGGAACUCCUUCAAUACUGUUUAAAAAGCAUCCCAGGGUGAUACCUCAAGAAGUUGGUUGAGAAAAUAUCAAGAGUAAAUAUCUGCAAAUUCUAGGCGAAGGGUGACUACUUUGAAGAUGCUAAAAUAUAACACAGUUUUGAUUUAUUUUGGAUUUUUUUAGUCACAACAUAAUUCCCAUAUUUCUAUUAUUCCAUAGUUGUGAUGACUUUACUAUUAUUCUAAAAUGUGAAAAAAUAAAUAAAAA